GUCAGUUGUCAAAAUGUUGAUUUGUUGUACUGAUUAUUGUUUUAUCUCUGAUCUUGUAGAUUGUUGCUAAGCAUUUAAACCCAUGUAAACGAUGAGAUUUAACAUAAUUGGAUACACAUAUCAAUACAUAGUGAAUUAAAGCACUUCUUUUUAGUUAUGUUAUUUAAAAAUAAUUUGAAAUGUCUGGUUAUACAGUUUUCUAAUAGGAAAAAUGUAUUCACUGAUAUCUUUGCUAUUUUUGAGUAUCUUACUAAUAAACAAAAGCUAUGCUCAAGAGGUAAAAUGCCCAGUUAAAUGUAUUUGUAAGCAGAUUUCUCCUAAUGAAGGCUUUUUAAAAAUGACAUGUGGGGAGCAUAAUAAAAUAUAUCAUUUAGACGAAUUGGAUUUAUUAAAUUUAGCUAGUGAAAUUAUACAAUUAAAUUUAUCUGGGAAUGGCUUGACUUCAUUCUUUCCGAAAGUAGAGCUUAUUGCCCUGCAAAAAUUAAAUCUAAGUAGGAACCAAUUAACAGAACUCAAGGCUCAUCAGUUCAAUGAAGUCCCAAAUAUAAAAAGACUCGAUUUAUCUGCUAAUAAUAUCAAGCACAUAGAUCUGUUGGCUUUCAGUGGAUUGAUCCAUUUGGAAAAAUUAAAAUUGAAUCAGAAUCAUAUCAGUGCUAUCACUAUUGGGACGUUUGCACCUUUGGAAAAAAUAAAACAGUUGGACAUAUCUAAUAAUCCAUUAGUAUGUGAUUGCAGUUUGUUGUGGUUACACGAUUGGAUACUGAGGCAGUCUGUUAAACUACUGUCAAAUCCUAAGUGUAUGUCUCCAUCAACUUUCAAAGGAAGGCCGUUGAGAAAAUUGAAAAUCGGAGAUGAUAUACAUUGUAAAUCACCAGCUGGAAACAGUGGCCUACCAAUAAUAGAAUUAAGGCCCAAUGAAGAUCAGGUGGCAUUUGAAGGGGAUUCUCUAACUAUGCAGUGCUUCGCUCCUAGUAUUUCCGAUUCUCUGGAGGACCCUCUACAAAGCGGUAUACAAUGGACUUGGUUGGAUUCCAACCCCGAACUACAUUUUUCCGAUAUCCACGUCGAAAACGAAUUACUGGGAAGUGCAGGAAGAAUAUCCAGUACUCUUGUCAUACCGAAACUGACAAAAAAUCACACAGGGAUAUGGAACUGUCAGUUUUUAUCUCUACAUGGCAAUCACUCAAAAGGUAUAACUGUUGUGGUGAUCUCUAAUGAAACGAAAUACUGUCCAAUGACGAUAACGAAAAAUAAUAAGGGAGUGUACAAUUGGCCACGGGGAAUAGCGAAUUUCACAAUAACCAUGCCGUGCGAAUCUCUAAAUUUAAAUUAUGACGUUACUCACCAAAAAGCUUCUUACACGUGUACCGAAACCGGGGAAUGGUCGAAUCUAAAUACGACUAUGUGUUCCUACAUCUCAGAUAAUACUAAGAUAUUGAAACAAUUUUCUAUGGUAAAUACAAGUAUAGAAGAAAGUGCGAAACAUUUUAGAAAUUACACGAUGAACAAAACCAUAUUUAAAGACGUCGUCGAUUUAUAUUACGCCGUUUGUACAAUAGAAAAUUAUGUAAAAUACGCUCCUAAAGAACACGUCGGAACUAUAGCUUCUAUUUUGAUGGAUUCGGCGAAUAAUUUGAUGGAUUUGUCAAGGGGUUAUUUGAGACAAACCGAUUUGGAGUAUGGUACAUCACGAAGAUUGAUUUCCGCCACAGAAAAAAUUGCCCUCUUUCUAAAUCCCACCAAUUUCCAUAAGAACAAUCUGGCUAUAGAAAUAUUUCCUGUGAGAAAAGAAAACUUCAGGGGCCUUACAUGUACCCUGUACAGUAAUCCGAACAACAAGAAAGAUUCUCUGUUUUCUUGUGCGCCCAGUCAUCAACAGGAAAUUUCUAGUUAUCAAGGAAAAAUCACUGAAGCUUCAGUUACAAUACCCGAAACUCUUUUUAGACAGUUAAAGAAUAAAGAAAAUUUGACAAAUAAAGAUUAUGACAUACUUGUAGCAAUGCAUUCGAAUAGCAAAUUGUUUUCUAUCGAUAGAAAGCGGUUUGGAAAAGAAGAUGUUACAUCGGCAGUCGUUGGAGUUCAAUUAGUUGAUUUUUCCGUAACGAACCUCACGGAUCCAGUUUACAUAAUGCUGCGUACACCUACAACAACAAUCUACGAAGUUACGCCCUUCAUACCCGUAUGGUGGAAUUCUUCUAGUAACAAUGGUUCGGGAAGCUGGACUUCGAAAGGAUGCAGAUUUUCGCACGAUUUACAAGAACACACUGUAUUUUCUUGCGAACAUUUCGGCUAUUACGGUUUGUUACAAGAAGUAACCGUAAUAAACGAUCGACAAAUCGGCGCAAGAUUUAAAUUAAAUCACCCCGCGGUAUACGUAGGGGUUUUUAUAUUAUUCACCACAUUUCUAAUCGUUAUUUUAACUUAUUCUCUUUGCUACGUAACGAUACAAAUACCGAAAAAAACGAAACAUUCCCUUAUAAAUACUUGGAUUUCGAUCUCAUUAUUGACUUUCAUGUAUAUAUUUGGAAUAUUUCAAACAGAAGAUGUCAAAUUAUGUCAAAUCGUCGGUAUGAUUUUACAUUAUUUCACUUUAUGUUCCUUAUUGUGGAUGUGCGUCGGCGUUAAUUGCAUGUACAAACGUUUAAGUAAAAACGAUAUAAUAGGUUUACAAGACGACGAUUUACAAUCGGAUUACCCCAUACAAAAACCCAUAUUAGGUUUAUAUUUAGUAGGUUGGGGUAUAGGCUUGAUAAUAUGCGGUCUAUCCGCCGCUAUAAAUAUGAACGAAUACGCUUCGACGGGCUAUUGUUUCCUUAAAACCGGUCCGGCUUUAAGCGCCCUCUACAUCCCUUGUAUAAUCCUCGUUAUAUUUCUAGUGAUAUUUUUCCUUUUAAUAAGAUGCGCCGUUUACAAUUCGGACGCUAACGGACAUUUAAGCGAAGGUACUCAAGCUACCGAACACGUCGAUUUGGAUCUAUUAGAAUCCGAACCGAAUUUUCCUCGAAUAGAAACUCGAAGUAUAUCAACGAAAACGGCUUCUAGCGAUGUAGAAGAUCCCGAACACGCCCCAUCCGCUCAACUAAAGGCUUACGUUAUAUUUUUAUUUAUUUAUAUAAUGACUUGGUUGAGUUGCGCGUUCGCUACCGCCUCUCCUUUUCAUAUGAUCUCGUUCGAAAUGGAUUUUUUUAGUAUUUUAUUCGCCAUAUUAUCGACUACUUUGAGCGCUUUUACUUUAUUUUUUUAUUGUAUAGCGCGUAAUGACGUCAGAACGCAAUGGGUUCUAUUAUUUAGGUGGUUAAAAAAUAAACGUAUCUGUAGAUCACGACACGUUUCCGAUACGGUAUUAAACGUCCCCCAAAUACAAAUACAACCCCUUCCCUUACCUCCGGUUAAUAACAUAGAAUCCCAAAUCAUAUCUAGAUCUACAAGUAGGGCUAGUACUAAAUCUAGAACUAGUAACGCCCUUAAAGGAGCAGUGGAUUUGAACGAAAGUUUUCGCGACACUAACGGCGCUAAAAUAAACAACGUUAAUUUAGUAGUACUACACCGAGCGCAAUACCGAACCAGCAUCAUACCGAACAUAAUCGAAAAUCCCACUAACGCCGAAUUAUUUUACAACCCGCACCAGAGUACCGUGGCGAGGAAAUUUUUUAAACGCCAAAAAAGAAAAAAUAACCUACCUAAACCGCCGAGAGACGUGAACAGCGAUACGGCUUCGGUGUUUUCCGAACCGAAACUAAAAAUUAAAAAUCAUUCCGAACAAAAUAUGUUCGGAACGAAUACGAAAGUAAAUAACACUAAUAUACACGUCGAACAAAAAUACAAAACGAAACACCGGAAGAAUCCGAAUAUAUUUUCGGAUAGCGCCGAGGAUUUCGAUUCGGAAAAUAAUAUACCGGUGGAUGAUAUAGUGAAACACGCGGAAAGGUUGCGCGAUAAGGAAUUGACGAGGAAUAAGAUUAGGAAAAAGAGUUCGGAAAAUAAUAUGCAUUCCGUAUCGCAGCAGUGUACUUUGGAUUAUAGUUCGGAAACGAUAUCGGAUUCGAUAUUGGAUAAGAUGAGUCCGGAUAAAGUGGUUAGGGAGAGUUUUAAUACGACCGAAACUAGCGAAGCGGUACCUUCGGUAAGAAGGGAGAAUAGUCCUUUGAGCGUUUUAACUGAACAAGAUAACGAAUAUUAUCAGAAAAGCGGUAAAACGGGUGAAUCUGUAAGUUGUAAUUUGAGCGGUAUGGAUACGUCGUCUGUAGGUGGAGCUUCCACGCCUAGAAUAUACGUAAAUCCUCAAGAUUCGAGAUUAGGUAAAGGCGACGGACGUAGUAGAGCUAGUAGCGUAUCGGUUAGCGAUUUGGACGAACUAUACCAACAGAUUAGACGGGGACCGCAAUCUAAACGACAUAAAAAUGUUUAUGGUAGUUCUUGCCUAUCCGAUUCGGAGAUUAAUUCUUUUAUAAGUGAUAAUAGACAAAGGAGAGAUUUGAGGAGUCACGACGAAUUUGAUAUUAUAAGCGACGAUGUCGAAACGAGAGUUUAAAUACUGUAGAAUAGAUGCCGCUACUAGUUAUGGUUCUAUGUAAUUGAGUGAUUAGCCGUUGUAGGGCAACAGUUAGUUGUAUAUUUUAGAUAAUGGAAUGUACGGAGUGUUUAAUUUAUUUGAUUAUGAAAAAUAAUUGUGAUCAAUUAUUUACAACGAUAUAACCUCAAUUUGGAAUGUUCUUUCGUUUUUUUGAGUUAUUUAUAUGACACCCGAUAACCCAAUUAACGAAAUAAGAGGCUGUUUAUCUUUAAGAUUGUUUAAUUCACCACCUUUCGUUAAAUAUUAUUGUCCAGGGACGUAAUAACUAUUUUGAAGAUAAUUUUUACACGACAUAACCUUAAAUUCAACUCCUUUCUUCUCUUUGAAUUAUAGAGUUUUUUAUAUGACACCAAAUAACCGAGUUAAGAUGCUGUAUAUCUCUGAGAUUGUUUCAUUCACCACCUUUCGGUCAAUGUUAUUCUCUCCAGGGUCGUAUCAUCUUUUCUUCUCUACAGGUCGCGAUUCUGCACGAUUAAAACUUCAUUUAACCAUUUUUUUCUUUGGUCUUUCCCUCCUUUUACCUUCUUGUCCUUCUUCAAUAACCAUAUUCUGCAAAUCUAUUUCAAGGAAUUCUUUUAGUAGUCUAUACCAUCUUUCUCUUUGAGCUUUUAUGUAUAUAUAUACCUUCAGUUCUUUUUUCCCAAGUCCUCCUUUUCCUUUCCCAUACAACCAGUUUUGUUUGAUUAGCCUUUGCUUAAACCCAUGUUUUACUUCCGUACGUAACUGUUGGUCGUAUUAUUGUUAGGUAUUCUAAUUUUGGCUUCUCUUGAUAACUCCUUUGAUCUUAUCAACCUAAUUAUUCCACGGCUUUACUUCCUUUGGCUAAUCUUCUAUUUAUUUCAGUACGCUCCUCAUUUUUACUUGAGUGUUACUCUCAGGUUUUUUUAUAUAAAAAGCAAGCACUGGAGUAGUUCAAGUGCUGGUUCAUGUGGAUAUUGAUCUUGAACUUCUGUAGGCUGUAGAGCUCGAGGAGGAUGUCGUUCAGGUUCCUCCUCUUAUCUAUUUAAUAUUCCUUCAAAGUAUUUGUCCAUUUUUCAACUUUUUCAUGAUUUAUUAAAAGAAGUCACUUAUAUAAGGUACUUAGUAAUUAAUUGUGACCUCUCUUGAUUUUUUGUCAUCUUGGUAUCUUCUUAAUUCUUUGUUUCUAAAGUGCUCUUAAAUAUUUUGUAGUUUAUUACGCAUCUAUAUUCACUUUCUCUGCCUGAGUAUCUUUUUAUUAUUUUUUCGGAUUUCUGAGUAUUUUCUCUUGUUUUUAGUCGAGUCAGUUCUAGUGUACGGUGGCACUACAUCUUCGUCAUCAGACGAUUGUAAAAUAUCAAAAAUUAAAGAAAUCGUUUUCCAUUAUUGUUAAUACUACAAGGCCUGAAUCGCAUCAAAUAACCUCAAAUAUAACAAUCAUUGCUCUCUGCACUACUCUACACUAUAUCUUCCUUUGUAUCCGAUCGAACUAAUUCUAUACACUCAUGAACUGGCCUACACUAGUCCAGUUCCAGUGCAGCUACCAAGAACAAACCUCUUAUCAGGUCUGUGGCUUUCAUGGGUAGUUCGAAUUGUUGAGGGAAUAGUCCCUUAUUAAUAUUUAAUCAAUUCGCUGAUGAUUGGUCUUGCUUUUAAUUUUUUUUUUCAAUAAAUUUGUAAUGGAUAAUAUUUUUUGACGAUCCGACCCAACUUCGAUUUUUAUAAACAUUUAAACAUAAUUAUGUAUCAAGGUUUUAUCUACUAGUGUCACUGAAAAGUUUUUACUGUUUUGAUUUAAGGCCUGAAGUUUGAUUUCUGCGACAAAUUUACAACAUGCUUUUUGUUAAAACGUACAAGGUGAGUCAAUAUUAAUCAAAAUUCUAAAAAAAUCUUUGGACUAAAAACAGAUAACAGUUUGGACAAAUAAUAAUAUAUUCGAAGAAAGUAUAUUUUCCUUUCCCAUAUAUUUGUCUUUGUCUGCUUUGUUGAGUAUCCAUGUUGCUCGUAUCUUGUCUUUCGAUAAAUAUUUUUCAUUUUAUUUUAUAUCAUUUUCAUCAGAAUUGGACUUGUCUUAAUUUCUUUUAGGUCUAUUGAAAAAUUUCUAUUUGUUCCUUACAUUUGUGGUGUCUAAAUUUUAUUAAUUUUAUUUUAAACAUUCUGUAUAUAUUUUUAAUGAAUUAGGUGUAGUAAAAACCAUGACGGAUUUUAAUUUACUUUUCUUAGAGUGAUAUUAUUUAUUUGAAUGAACCUGUAUAUAUUUUUAAUAUUUAAUAGGAAAGAAAAAUUUAAUAAUUUAUUUGUUUAUCCGGUACAAAUUGGGGUAAAUAGUACAGUGAUAGAUUGGAGUAAUAAAAAAAAUGCUUGAAUAAAAUAAAUACAGGGUAAUACAUAAAUAAUGAGACAAGUUGUAUUUACUAUGCAUUAAAAGAAAUCAGCUACAAAUUUUUGUCGCUCGUUUAUUCACUUUUUUGAAUAGUUUCAUUAUUUUUAGAAAACUUGAGUAUACUUUUUAUAUUUUCAAAAUAUUACUCCUUUUAGAGAUAUUUGAAUUUAAUUAUUCCAAAAUAUUCCACCUGAUUUGGGUUGUAGUUCGUUGAUGCUUUUUGAUGCAACAAUAGAGAAUUUAAUUUCUGUUUCAAUUGCCCUUUCGUUAUCGUCCAUUGUCCUAUACAUGCACACUUAUCCGUUUAAUAUUCCAUUCUUUAUUUUUUCUUCUAUUUUUAAUAUACUAGAAUACACCUCAAUCAAUCUCUAAUCAUCAUUAUAGUUCUUGAUUCCACUUCCAUAUCUCUUUUUAUUUGUGUAAUUGAUGCUUCUAUCAAUGUUCUCAUGUAGCAUUUAGUUCCUAUUCUAUUUAGUUUUUCUUCUUCUUCACUUUAUCAAUUUUCUUAAUUAUAAUUCGACUAUUCUCUCCUCGUGCUCCCCAAUUUUAUUUGUUUUUAUUCAUGCUUUGGUUGUUUCAUUCUAUCUUUUCAUUUAUGUUCUGCUUUUAUUAAUUUUUUCACUUAACAUUUGGUUUCUUCUUAUUUAUGUUCUCGUUUAUAUUCUUGAUGCUUUCAUCAAUUUUAUUUACUUAGCAUUUGGUUUCCCUUCUUGUUUUCUUCUCCACCAUUUGAUCAAUUUUUUAAAUUAUAAUUCAUGUUUCAAUCAUUAUCUUAUGAUUUUAUAAUGACUUCCAUCUAUUUUCUCAGUUUACAAUUGCUUUAUUUUUAUAUUCUUAUUCAUAUUUUCAUUUCUUUCUUGGUGCUUUCAUCAGUUUUCUCACUUUACAUUUGGCUUCUGUCCUUAUUAUUUUCUCCUCCAUUCCAUUAAUUUUCCCCAUUUAAAUUUUGACCAUUUAUUUGUAGAAAUUGUCAUUUUUUAUGUUCCAAUCAUACUCUUUUAUAUUCUUAUUUUUGUUUUCUUUUCUAUUCUUUGUGCUUUCAUCAAUUCUCGCACUUAACAUUUUGUUUCAUUCGUAUUAUUCCUUGUUGUUUCUACUUCAUUUAUUAAUAUUCUUGAUUAUAUUUGGCUAUUUUUGUCAAUGCCGUCAAUUUUUCAUUUAUAUUUCAAUUUAUUCUCUUAGUGCUCUCAUUGUUUUCUUCAAUUUUAUUUAUAUUUAUUUUCUCAUUUUUCCUCGUGUUGUUUUCUUCUAUAUUCUAUUUAUAUUAUAUUGGCUUUCGUCAAUUUUCUCAUUUAACAAUUGGUUUAUUUCUUCUCUUUUCUUGUUUUUUCUCUUUUCCAUCUCAUCAAUUUCCUCAGUUAUAAUUUGCCCUGUAGAAAUUUUAAUUUUGAUAUAUUCAUUUUCUUGUUGUUUGUAUUGGUUUCCUCAAACUUAUUCAUGUUCUUAUUUCUAAUCUUGUUGCUUUCUUUUAUCUUCGUAUUUAUGCUUUCAUUUCUAUUCUGGGUUUUUUCAUCAAAUUUCUCACUUAACAUAUAAUUUUUUUCUUAUUCCUUGUUUUAUUUACUCCAUUUUAUCAAUUUUACUAAUUUUUACUAAUUAUAUUUGACUAUUUCUUGACGAGUUCCUGAAUUUUUUAUUUAUAUUUCAAUUUAUUCUCUUGUUGCUCUAAUUUAUUUCUUUAAUUUAUUUAUGUUCUCAUUCUUUCUCAUGUUCUUUUUCUGUCUUCUUAUUUGGGCUUUCGUUCAUAUUAUAGUGGCUUUCAUCAAUUUCCUCAUUCAACUAUUGGUUUAUUUUUUUUUCUUCAUUUCGUCUAUUUCUUUAAUUAUAAUUUCGUUUGUCGAAAUUUUCCUUUUUUUAUGUUUCCUUCACGCACUGAGUUACUUUGACUGGUUUCCGUAAACCUAUUUAUGUUCUUAUUCAUUUUCUUGUUAUUUUCUUCUAUAUUUUUAUUCAGGUUUUUAUUAACAUGAUUUUCAUCAAUUUUGUCCCUAGACUUUUGGUUUCUUCCCUUUCUCUGAUGUUUUCUUCUUCAUUUCUUCAAUUUUUUUAAUUAUAUUCUAUUUUUUGUUGAUUCCGUCAAUUUUUUAUUUAUGUUUUUAUUCGUAUUCUUCUUGCCUUUAUUGGUUUCUUUAUACUUAUUUAUGUUCUUAUUUCUUCUCUUAUCGCUUUCUUCUUAUUUAUAUCAUUUCUAUUCUUGGUGCUUUCAUCAAAAUUUGAUUUCUUGUUUUUUUUCUUUUGAUCUAUUUCCUUUAUUGUAAUCUGACUAUUUUCUUGUAGAUUUCUCAAAUUUUUAUUUUUGCCCAUUGUUUCAAUCAUGUUGUACAAUGUUGCCAUAUCAUUUAUUUGUUCUGGUUAUGUUACUAUGUUCUUCACAUUACCAUUGUCUAACCAUGACAGUUUUGUGAUCUGAGUACGUUCGAUAUUAUUGCCUCAUCAUACAACAACUACAUUUCAGUAUUUAUACAUCUUUUUUUUUCGAAGUCACCAUUUAUCCAGUUAUGAAAUUGAUUGUCCGUUUAUUUAACAGUCUCGAAAUGAAAAUUGAAAAUGAAAUAUCCUCAUAAAAAAGUCCAGGUGAGUUAUAUCGAAGGAUAUAGGUGGCAAUACAAUAUUGGGUCUCGUGUGUCUAUCCAAACACCAAAAAAUGUUCAUUUAUAAACUGGUGUAACUAGAGAACGUUACAUAGAAUUGCCCCGUUUUGUUAAAGCGCCUACUCAAUGAAACCCUACAUGAAAAUUACAUCACAAUUUUUUACAUAACUUAAGGGGUCAUAUUUACAGGAUAGAAUUGUACUAUUUACCCCUAUCUCUCACAUGCUUAACCGAUUUUUAUACUUGAUAUUUUAAUAUUUUAAUUUUUGAGAUUUUUAGUGGUGUAAAUAUAUUUUAAUUAUAAUAUGCCUGAAAAUUUUGAAUACAGUGUGCCACAGUCAUAGGGAAUAGAUUGGUGAUAUUCGAUAUCUAAAUUUAUUCCAUAUGGUAUAAGAAACUACAGUACAAAUUUUUAAUUUUUUGUUUGGGGAUAAAAACCGAUAGUUAGUACUAAUUAUACAAGGUUAAUCAUUAUAAAUCACUAAUUUCUUAUCAUUGUUUGUAUAAAAAAAAGUUUCAUACCAAAAUAUAAUUUUGAAUAUUUUUUUUUCUCAACAUGUAGUAAUAAUGAUAAUAAGGGAUGGGUAAUUUAUAAUAAAUAAUCAAUAAAUAAUACUAAAUUGUGGUUGUUAAUGUCUAAGAACAAUAUAUGUAGUUUAUGGCAAACUAUAGAAUUGUUUCUACUACUAUAAUUUCAAUUUAUAUUUGUGAAAUCGGUAUAUCUAUUUUUCUAGCUUUAAAAUAAAUAUUAUCAAAAUAACGAAAUAAAAACUUAACCUAAGUAACUCAAAUAUCAUAACUUGAUAAAAAAAACCAAAAAGUGAAUAGUAUAUACUUACAAUGAAAUUGUAUCUAAAUUCCUCAGCAAAAUAAUAAAUGGCUGCAAAGCAACCUACCACCAUAAUUUUUUUGAUUGAAAAUAAAAAUAAUCAAGAAAAAGUUGAUUUAGGUUUAAAAUCUGUAAAUUCGUCUCUAAACCACAGUAAAAUAAAAUUACUGGUAGCCAAAAAUAAAGUAAAUUAAAUGGAGUUGAUCGGACCGCAUCGGGUGUUUACUAUUUAGUGACGUCACACGCGGUUGAAUGGUCUGUUUGCAAAAUAUUUAAAUUUAACCAAUUACUAUUAUUCAAAUUAUCAUGUUUUAACAAAUAAUAAAAAAGUAUUUUGGGAAUUUUUGGACGUUUUUUGAUUAUAUUAAUAAUUAUUUUUAAUAUUCUGUAAUUGGCGAACUUAAUGGAAUUGAAAUAAAAUAAUUAAAAUGGGGUUUUAGGAGUACAAAAUGACUACUUUCGGGGUACAAGAUUCGAUACGCGAUUCGCAUAAAAAGAAUAGAAAACUCAUUUAAUGAGUAACUACCGUUGGUCUCAUUAUUUAUGAGGAUUAACCGUGUUUUUAUUGCUUUCACUCAGGUGAAAUUGCUUAGCACGCUUCACGAAUCGACUAUAAAUAUCUAUAAAUAAUUUUUUUUUCAUAAAUUUCAGUAUUUUUUUGUCGAUUUUCGUACAUUUUUAUCUAUGUUUCCAUUCAUGCUCUUGUUGCUUUCACUAGUUUCUUUAAUCUUAUUUAUGUUCUCAUUUCUUCCCUUGUUGUUUUCUUAUAUCUUCUUUAUUUAUGCUUACAUUUCUGUUAAAUAAUGGAGCUUUCAUUCCAUCAAUUUCCUUCUUUCAAAUUUUGACCAUUUUCUCGUCGAAAUUGUCAUUUUUUAUGUUUCCAUCAUGCUCUUGUUGUUCUCUUUUAUCUUCUUAUUUGUGUUUUCAUUUCUAUUCUGGGUUUUUUCAUCAAUUUCCUUUGUUUAAAUUUUGGUCAUUUUUUUAUGAUUCCAUCAUGCUCUUGUUGCUUUCUUUUAUUUUCUCAUUUAUAUUUUAAUUUCUAUUCUUGGUGCUUUUAUCAAUUUUCUCACUUAACAUUCGACUAUAGAUCUGAAGAUAAAUUUUUUCCUGUUUAAAUAUUUUAAUAUGUUCUUCUUGAUCAAUUGUCUUGAUUAUAGGUCUCUUUUGAUAAAAAGUUAGUUCAAAAAACAAUAAUAUUGAUGUUUCGACCUUUUCGGUCCUUAACAAAAUAUGAUUUUGCAUUGACAAUUUGCAUAUUCCGAUUUAAUUUCAAAAAAUAAUAUAAAAGUGUCACUGCUGGUAUUCAACUAACUGAAACCUUGGAAUCAACUAAAAAAGGGGUGAUUUGUUGCGUCGAGUAGGUAGGUUAAGACCACGGAAUCGGACCACUUGUUAUCAAUGAACGAAUAAACACCACACCUCCAACGCUCUCUUGAUAAUGGCUUCAAAGCAGGAGCCGAAACGUCGAAAAUUCCACCGCAGUUCUAACUAAACUAAUUCUUCGGUUCAUAAUCCUAACUUUGUAAUGACUGUAACGCUGUUUACAUAGGACAAACAUCUCAGUGUUUAUAAUCUGAUUAAAAGGUCAUCAGUAUGACAAAAAAGAUAAAACUGCAUUAACGAACCACGAAACUUUUGUAAUAGAAUCAAAUACGAUAAAAAGAGAAUUAGACAGACAAAAUGUCUAUGAUAAAAAACAUUAAAUAAGUUUGUUAUAAAUUUUGAUGCAACUUCGAAUAAUUUGAUUGGUGGUAUAUUUUUGAAAUGUAACAAAUAAAAAAAAUAUUUUUCGUGGUUGAAACAGAUUUUUAGUUUGAUAUUCAUAUUUUUUUUGUAAUAUAAUUAUUGUCAAUGUCGAGUCAUAUUAAGAUAAAGACCUAAAUGGAUUGAAACUUCAAUAUUUUCAACUAAUUUCUAAUCUGGAGAGACCUAAAAUCAAAACUAUUUAUCACGAAAGGCCUAAAAAUGCUGAUUGACUAUUUUUGUUCCUAUACUUCUAUAACGAUAUAAAAGGGCACUGAUAAACGAACAAAACUUUAGUAUAGUUUUUAGAGUGCGGCACUUUGUAUAUUUUUCUCGAUUGAACAUUUGUGAUUUAGGUUAAGUAAAAAUUUCAUGUUUUGUAUUGUAAUAAACCGUAAAUUUUAUUUAUUUUGCAAAAAAAUGGAACGUACUGUAUACCAAGCAAACAUUGUGAAUGUUUAUAUAUAAAUAUGCUUAUGUGAUACAUCAAUCAAUAGCAAAAAACACGUUAGUCAUUUUUGAUCAUAUGUAUUUUCAAUGAGUCACUCUAUAGAUUGUUUAUUAUGUUUUCUAUGCUAAAUACUCCCUGUAUAUAUAGAAUAUCUGUGUUAAGAUGUUAUUUUCAUCGGAUUUAUUGUAUACAGUAAACAGCUCUCUAUUUUUUUCUACUUAAUGUAUACAGGGGCUUCCCAGAUUGAUUUUUCUAUGAAUACCAUAUAUUUUCAAACUUUUAUCAGUGCGAUAUGAAAGAGAAUGCUCAAUAUACGAUGUAUCACAUGCUUACUGCAUACAUGCCUUAAUGUGUUUGUAAAUAUUGUAUGUAUAAACAAUAUGUCGAUAAAUGUUCAAAUGAAUAUCAUAUUAUAUAGUAGCAUUUAUGUCACACACUAUAUAAUUUUUAAAGACUGUUGAAACAUAAAUUGUAUUACUGUAUAUUAUCGAAAAAUAUUUAUACCUAAUUAGUUGUGAGAAUAUAAAUUUAUUGC